AUGCAGGGCACGUCAAUUAAUUCGCAAGAAGGGUCCCGAUCUGGGGUAGACCCGCGGGAGCAGUUCAGAAUCCAACAGAUGCCACCCAACUUCUACUAUGUGCCCAAUUUUAUCACCCCAGAGGAGGAGGCAUCUCUACUGCAAAAGAUCCCCGCCCAUCGCUGGGUCACCCUCUCACAUCGUCGGCUUCAAGCUCACCCAUCAACAUUAACUAAAAAUAACACUCUUCUGGGGGCACCUCUUCCGCCUUACCUGGUCCAACCUGUGGUUGACCGAUUCAAGAUGCUUGGCAUAUUUGACCACACUCCCCACAAGGAGCCGAAUCAUGUGCUUAUCAAUGAGUACAAGAGAGGAGAAGGCAUCAUGCCGCACGAGGAUGGAAGUGCUUACGCUGAUGUGGUAGCGACUAUCAGCCUGGGGGGAUCUAUAUGCUUGGAGAUCACCCCGAAGGCUGUGGGGAGCGAGGGGGAACCUCGAGAGUCCGCCACGAUUUCAAACACCCCAGCUCAAAAAGGACCAACGGAACACUUAAACGAGGAACAUAUGAAUGAGGCUCUCGUGGAUGAAUCGAAAAGUCAAGGCCCCGCUUCGCAAUAUAGGUUACCCACACGCAUUCUUCAAGAACCUAGAUCACUUUUGAUCACGACCUCGUCUGCAUACGUAGACCUGCUGCAUGGAAUUGCAUCAAUCGAGGUGGAUGAAAAUCUUAACAAGGAUACCGUCGCGAAUUGGGACAUUCUGGGCGAUUCGUCCGUCUUCGAGGAUGCCGGGGGACGGAACGAGCGGGCGACCCGAAUAAGCUUGACCUACCGCGAUGUAUUGAAGGUCAGCUCUGCAGCGAACAAAGUCCUUGGUGGGCUUGGAAGACGGUAA